UCAUCUCUGUGGUUUUAGUUCUCCACUUAGAGUAAACGACGUAUAAUUUCAGUUACAGAUUUGCUUAAAAAAUACCAGCAUCUUCUAAAUCUACGUGCUUUAUGCUAAGGGUCGUUUGUAUCCUAGGAGCAAAUAUAUGCACAAAGAAAUUUCAUUGUUAAAGGACUAAAUAUCUGAAACACCAAUUUGCUUUUGACUACAUCUUGGCAAGGUGAUCAGAUAGGAAGAUGAAGACAAAGAGACAGAGUAAACCACGCUUCACCUUCCCUGUCGUAAUAAUCUUUUCUUUAUGUUUACAAACAAGUGCAAACCAUACCUAUUACCCUAGGGUUAUUAAUGAAACCUGGAAUCCUAUCAGCCAAAACCUAAGUGGAAGCCAGAACAUAACAGAAGCCAAUACAAAUUCUCCUCUAAGCAUCCAUUUCAACAGCAAAACAACUCCUUUUGAAAUGCAGCCAAGUACCCUGCGAUCCUUAUCUUCAACAAUGGCCCAAUAUUCAACAUCUUCCCCUGCCAGAAGUGCUGUUUCUGCCACUGGAGGACCUAGGAAUACCAGCAAACCCAAGAGUACAAUGACAAAAGAAGUAUGUGAGGAUAAUAAGUCUCUUAUAUUGAUUUGCUUCAUUGUAAUAGCAGUACUUGUGCUUAUCUGCACCUUCUUGUUUCUGUCGACAGUCAUAAUAGCAAACAAAAUGUCAUAUCUCAAAAAAACUAAGCAAGGAAAACGUAGGCCCAGGAGCAAUGGCGAUAUUCUGGCAACUAACAGUUUAUGGCCAACUGCAGCAGGAACGUGGCAGAGGAUGCCUAAGGAGACAAUUGGAACCGACUUGAUACUGCAAGACUUAAUAUCAGGGAGAGAUGCUGCAAUUCAAAAGAAAAUGGAAGAUGAAACUACUGAGAAACUCACUAAGGAAACAGAUAAUGAACAGGAAAACAAAGAACCAUCAAAGUCACACAAAGCUGUUUUAACCAAUUUUGUAGUUGAGAUUUAACUCAUACUCAGGUAAAAACUAAUCUUUUGCCUUUUUUACAUCAUUAAUAUAAGGCAAAAAACUUAGCUUUCAAUUAACCACGUGAGUUUUAACACAGAAAAGAUAAAUUCAGAUCUUAGGGUUUUUUCCUUUUGUGAUAGUGGGAAUGCUGUAGCAGCUUGCAGAUCUAGAAGGGAAUAAGACUGUUAAAUAGUUUUCAAUAAAUAGUGUCAAGACCGGUUUUACUCCUUUGACCAGAAAUUAUGGUGAUAGGAGCUGAACGGGAUAAACAAGGACAGAAGCCUGUCCAGUCUCAAAGAUCAUUGGGAGGGGAAGGAAAGGACCGUUAGUCUAAUAAAUAUAUCAUAUCAUAAGGAGCUACACAGGUAUAACGAAGUUACUUUUUUAAGGAAACCAUAAUUCAGUCACAACUUUGAUGCAACUACCAAAUCAGGAACGAGUCCCUCUCAAAAUGCCCUUUCAGGUUUUUUCAUCGAGAACUUGUUAAACCAGCUUAAUUGCUUCUGAACCAGAUUGAGAUUUGAAUUGUAUUUACUGUGUUUUGACUUCGUGUAUGAAUAUACGAAGUUUGUAUUAUAUGUUAGAAUAUGAGAACUGUUUCAAUUUGUGACCUCCAAUAAACUAACAACAUCAGUUUUUAAAUAACUUGACU